AGGGGAUGGGGAUGGAGAUAGAGAUGGGUUCGGUGGAGGAUGAGAACGAGAACUCACCGGUAAAACAGGUGGCUUUAACGGUGCCGACGACAGACGACACGAGCCUCCCUGUGAUGACCUUCCGAAUGUGGGUUCUUGGGGUGGUGUCGUGUGUGUUGCUGUCGUUCCUGAAUCAGUUCUUCUGGUACAGGACAGAGCCCUUGGCCGUCACCUCCAUAUCUGCGCAGAUAGCAGUGGUACCUCUGGGGCAUCUCAUGGCGUCAACCCUCACCGAUCGUGUCUUCUUCAAGGGUACACGCUGGGAAUUCACUCUCAAUCCGGGGCCAUUCAAUGUGAAGGAGCAUGUGCUCAUCACUAUCUUUGCUAACUCUGGAGCGGACACUGUCUACGCCACUCACAUCCUUAGUGCUAUUAAGCUAUAUUACAAGAGGAAGCUCACCUUCUUUGUUUCUUUCCUCCUUAUUAUCACCACCCAGAUCUGUUCUGUGUUGGGAUUUGGGUGGGCAGGAAUAUUCCGGAGAUAUCUGGUGGAGCCUGCAGAGAUGUGGUGGCCGCACAAUCUCGUACAGGUCUCGUUGUUCAGUGCGUUACAUGAUAAAGAAAAGAGGCCGAAAGGCCGGCUGACACGUAACCAAUUCUUCUUGAUUGCCUUCAUGUGUAGCUUUGCUUAUUAUAUAUUUCCUGGGUACCUAUUUCCUAUGUUAACCUCCAUGUCUUGGGUCUGCUGGGCCUUCCCUAAGUCCGUUCUCGCCCACCAACUAGGCUCCGGUCUUCAAGGUUUGGGCAUCGGUGCCAUGGCCUUUGAUUGGUCCACCGCCUCAUCAUACCUUAGCAGUCCACUUGCCAGCCCUUGGUUUGCUACAGCCAACAUCGCCGUUGGUUUCCUCAUCCUCAUGUACCUCAUCGUCCCUGUUUUCUACUGGCUCAACAUCUACCAUGCCAAGACCUUCCCCAUCUACUCCAGUCAUCUCUUCACAUCUUCCGGCCAAACCUAUAACAUCUCUGCUAUUAUUGACUCUGACUUCCAGAUUGAUCUCAACGCCUACAAGCAGAAGGGUCCUCUUUACAUCAGCACCUUCUUUGCCAUUACCUAUGGUGUUGGCUUCGCUGCCCUCACCGCCACUAUUGUUCACGUUCUUGUCUUCCAUGGAAGGGAAAUAUUGGAGCUAAGCAAAUCAGGGUUAUUGAAGGAGAAGAGGAAGAUGGACAUACACACAAGGCUUAUGAGUAAAUAUAAGCAAGUGCCCCAAUGGUGGUUCACCUGCAUCCUCCUCUUCAACAUUGUUGCAACUCUCUUCGCUUGUCAGUACUACAACGACCAACUUCAGUUACCAUGGUGGGGAGUCUUACUAGCUUGUUUCCUUGCCUUUAUCUUCACUCUCCCAAUUGGCAUCAUCUAUGCCACCACAAACCAGCGACCAGGGUUGAACAUCAUUACUGAGUAUAUCAUAGGGUACAUGUACCCAGGCCGCCCUGUUGCCAACACGUGCUUCAAGGUGUAUGGAUUUAUCAGCAUGACUCAAGCCGUCACCUUUCUGCAAGAUUUCAAGCUUGGUCAUUACAUGAAGAUUCCUCCCAAAUCAAUGUUCAUGGCCCAGGUUGUGGGAACUUUGCUAUCUUGUUUGGUCUACUUGGGAACUGCAUGGUGGCUAAUGACUUCCAUCCCCAACAUUUGUGACACUUCCCUACUGCCCCAUGACAGCCCUUGGACCUGUCCAAUGGACCGUGCAUUUUAUGGUGCAUCGGUUAUCUGGGGACUGAUUGGCCCUCGCAGAUUUUUCGGGGACCUUGGUCCAUAUUCAGCUGUCAAUUGGUUCUUCCUAGGUGGAGCCAUUGCCCCAGUUCUUGUUUGGGUUGCACACAAAGCCUUCCCUCGGCAAAAAUGGAUCCGUCUCAUCAACAUGCCAAUCCUAUUAGGUGCUACAGGAAUGAUGCCACCUGCCAGCGCUAUCAACUUCAGCACUUGGCUACUUCUUGGGUUCCUCUCUGGCUUCAUCCUCUAUAGAUACCAGCAAAACUGGUGGCAACGCUACAAUUAUGUUCUCUCAGGGGCUCUAGAUGUUGGCCUUGCCUUCAUGGGUGUGCUUCUGUGUCUAUGCUUGGGACUAAAGGGAAUCAACAUUAAUUGGUGGGGAGCAAACCUAGAUGGCUGCCCUUUGGCUACUUGCCCAACCGCCAAAGGGGUAAUUGUUGAUAGUUGCCCUAUUUUCUGACUUAAAUUUGACAGAGAAUAAGCACUGAUUUAAAAUGUAAAUAACUAUGUAGAAUAUGUC